CCGACCCCUCUCUCUAUGGACGUAAUGUAAGAGAGGGAGGGAGAGAGAGAGAGAGAGAGAGAGAAUGGGGGAAGUUUUGGCGGAGCUAGAGGAAGUGCUCCGCUCCAAACCAUCCAAGGACAGGGUAAGCGCUUGGGAGGAGGCGGUGCUUCAGUCAUGUAAGGCGAGGGCCAUCCGCGACUUCACCGUUGGCGCCUGCGUUUCCUCCGCUAUCGUCUGGUCUGCUUGCAGGAGGCUUACUCAUGGACAGAGGUUCAACAUAUCGGUUGGGUCUGCCAUCGUGGGAGGGAUGUGGAAAUUUGAUAGGUCGUUGAAUGCGUGUGUUGAACAAAUUCUAGGUCUUGAGGGAAGUCGUAUCCAGAAGGAGCUGGCCAGCCUAAUUUUGACGAAGCAUAGUGACAACACAUCGAAGGUGCAGCUUGUGAGCAAACAUUUUUAUCCGGAGCAAGUUUUCAAUGACUUAAAUCCGGAUAAACCAUUUAUAAGAUGGCGAUCACGGAAUGCCUACGUAGAUAAUUCAUCUUUACAACAGAGGAGCGAAGACAAUGAGGAUAGUAACUCUUACGACGGACAUGACAGGCAGCUUAAACAAAUCAAUAGGAGUGCGGUUGGGGACAUGAUUGCGGAUCCGCUAGAAUGCAUAUUUGGUUAUCCAGAAAGUGGCAUGGAGGCCAACCAAUCUGACAACAAAGGAACUCUUCAUAAAAGACAAUUGCGAGCCCGUAAAAGGGCCCAUAGGCGGUACCGCUAUGCUGAAGAUGAUGUCGAAAAGCUGGACCAGUAGAGCCACAAGCCUUUCUAGUUAAUCUAAGGAAAAGAAGGGGGUUCCUUCACAGCUAGAGAACCCGAUGAUGUAGGAAUGGUGUUUCAUUAACAAAAUAAGGGAUAUUUGAUUGAUUCAUCAAAUUUGCAUUCAUGUACUUUGGUGAUACUUAUUGCGGAUGGAGAUUUCUUUUCCUUUUGGUUACCA